AUGACUAACAAAAGGAAAAGGCAGGAAGAUUUCCAGAAAGUGAAGCUGAAGGUUGGGAAGAAGAAGCCCCGAGCAGACAAUACGACUGACACCAACUGCAGGAUCCGGUCCAUUCAUCUGAGCGAGCAGCUGAGGGAGCAGCACUCUCUCCCCACCAGCAGGCGGAAGCUCACCAUUACGGAUAUCCUUUCACAAAUGCACCAUUACAACUCUGGAGUUAAACAUGGGGCUCUUAUUGGUCUCCGAGAAAUCCUUUCAACUCAUCCUUCAUUAAUUGAUACACACAUUUCGAGUAUAAUGAGUGAAGUGACUGCUGUGUUCACCGACAAAGAGCCUAUGGUUAGGUCGGCCACGAUAUCGGUCUUGCAGCAUUUGGCACCCAUGAUUUCUCAAGAGAGGAUAGCACCUUUUUUCCCUCUCGUAAGUGCUCACCUUUCCUCUGCUAUGACUCACAUAAUGCCAGGGAUUCAGGAAGACUCACUGAAGAUCCUAGAUAUCCUUUUGGAAGAAUAUCCUGACUUACUUAUCGAUCGUAGUAGUAUGUUGUUAAACAAUUUCUUGGAACUUAUUUCCCACCAAAAGAACUCUAAAGAAAUAAAAAACACAGAUAAGGCACCAGCCUGGACACUGUCUGUUAAUCCCAAUCGGAAGUUUACAUCUCAGAAGUGGAGGAUAAGUGUACUGGGUAGACUAAAAAAGUUUCUACAGGCAUUAGUGAAACGAGCUGUGGAAAGAUAUCCUGACAAGGAGGAACUUCAUGAUGGCACUGAAAAUGAGUUUACUGUGAAAGCAAAUGUAGAUAUCUCUUGGCAAGAGCAUGCAGCCGGUCAGCAACAAAUCAGGUUGUUUUUGACUGCGUACAAACACAAUUGAGUAAAAACUCCUCAUUUCAUCUGAGGUCACUGGUGGGUAUAUCUUACAACACAGAUGAAGGUCUUUCGUCUUCGAAUAGUUUGAAGGCAUUCAUACAAGCAGUCAUUCCGAUUUUGAUUGAAUGCUGGGUUGAGGAAUCGCCCAGUAACAUGUGUGAUAGUUCUGAAAACUUGCUAAAACCUGUAGCACAUCAUCUACUGCAGCAGGUGCUGAGCAUCAUUUCUCUCCUUUGGAAGCUUAGUGAACACCAGGACGAAUCACAGAAAAUGGAUGGUUGGCUUAGGAAGAAUUAUCUGAAAGAUUUCAAGCAUCAUUUCAUGAAGCAUUUCCCUUACAACCCGCAAGAAACCUUGAAACAGAAGAAAAAAAAUAAUGAAAGGGAAUAGAGAUGGAUUGCUUCCUUAUAAUGGCUUGGAUUAUCUUUUGUUAAAUUUAACUUUAUGUGAAAUUAUGGUCUCUUUGGCAACACCUUCAACCCUGCAAGAGGAUUCAGACUGGCUAGCCAUGAUAAGGACAUUUGUGACUGAAAAGUUGAUUAGUGGGUGGAAACUGAAUGCUAAACAAUUAAAACGACUACUUGAAGUAACAAACAGACUUUUGAAUAUCCACAUUAACAGAGUGGCUACAGAGAAGCUAAUUCAAGCAGUUUAUUUGACAUACCAGCAAAGAGAUUUGCAUAUAUCGGUGCGCUCAAUGCUUCUGAAGUUUUUCAAUAGGGUUUAUUUAAAAGAAGAAGAAAUGUUUCUCAACUUGGGGAGGAGCCGAAGUAAAGUUUUAUCUCGAUGGCUUGCCAGCUUACCAGUUCAGCUUGUUCAUCUUGGUCCGAGAAACCACCAGCUUUCUGCCCUUAUGAUUGAUACAAUAUAUACUGCUGCAGCUCGGUCAAACAAGGAAUUACUUCAGAACCUUCAGGCGAUAGCCUGUCAAGUUUAUGAUCCAAAAGAUGGCAUUCUUGUCCUUCUGCCAGAAGAGUUGCAGUUGAGACUGGUGCAACUUUUAUACUUUAUUCCAACGCUUUCAUCUGACUUGCUGAUUUUCUUAAGUCGAUGUUGUAUCUCUGAACGAUUACCAUCUAAUCUUGCCUCGAAGCUCGUUGGAAUAUUACAUACAAGGUCUCCCUUCGGGAAUUGGAUGUGUCCAGUCCUUGAGAGUACAAUGCAAGAUGUGGAUUAUUUCAGUUUUCUGUUCUCAACACUCAUAGGGUUUUCUACAGAGAAGUUAGCAUGGAUGCAAAGUAAUAAACUCACUUCUCGACUAAGCAAAACAAGAGUGUCUCGUGUCUGUCUUUAUAUGACUGAGCAGUCAUUUUUUGCGCAUCACUGGACAGUUACUCAGGCAGUAUGCAGUAGCUUGUCUUCAGUGAGGUCAAGACGUCAGUGCUUUGACAUUCUUCAGAAUGCAAUCACCAAGCAUCUUGGUGGAUUAAUUAUCAUGCCUGACAGUACUAUUGGAUCAGUUUUACAUGCCAUAAAUACUCUUCUUGAUCAAAGCUGUGUGCUUUCAGAGACUCUGUAUACCUUUUUGGCCUCCAACUGUUACAGCAUUUUCAACUGCCUGCUUACAAUGGAGAAAGAUGCUGAGCAUAUACAGAAAAGGGAUAAUUUAUGGGGAGAAUGCAUUUCCUUACUCUCUAUGCUGCCAAAUGUUUUGAAGCUGAUGUUACAGAACCUGCAAGUAAGCAGAGCUUGCCAGGAAGAGCUGCCUGUUAUUGCACAGUUGCUUCGCCUUUUGCUUCAGAAUCCACAGCUAAGGAGUCAUAUGAUGACCAAUGCAUUCCUUGUCCAGCAAACCCUUCAAGAUGUUAUGAAUUUGAAGAGCUGUGAAAUUCAAGAAACAGUGGCUCACUGAUCUGCAGUACUGCUUUAAUGUGUAUCUUUCAAAACAGAUACAGGAAUGA